AACACUGGAGCAGCUCUCCAGUAUGUCAGGGACUACGUCUUUACUGCCUCCUCUGGAAGUAGGCGCCUUGAAAGUGUUCCACAGAUUCUGAUACUGCUAAAUGGUGGAAGGUCCUUUGACAAUGUAGAUAAACCAGCUUCUGCUCUCAAGGAGCUUGGUGUCUUGGUAUUUGUAAUUGGAACAAGGAGCUCUGAUAGCAGAGAGUUACAGAAGAUAUCCUAUGACCCCAGUUAUGCUCUCUCCGUGUCUGAAUUCACUGACCUCCCCAACAUCCAACAGCAGCUUCUUUCUGCCAUGAACACUGCCGUUAUACAGGACACAACCAUGACACCAACACUAAUACCAACAAUACUAGUUGAGAGUCAGGCUCCCAGGAGGGAUGUUGUGUUCUUGCUGGAUGGAUCUGAUGGCACUAGGAGUGGAUUCCCAGCCAUGCGUGACUUUGUUCAAAGAGUGGUGGAGACACUCAGUGUGGAUGAGAACAAAGAUCGCGUUGCGGUGGUCCAGUACAGUAGAGAUCCAGCCGCCCAAUUCUAUCUGAACACAUACACAACAAAGGGAGAGAUUCUCAACACUGUAAGAGGUCUGAGACACAAAGGCGGGAGACCUCUCAACACUGGAGCAGCUCUCCAGUACGUGAGGGACAAUGUCUUUACUGCCUCCUCCGGAAGCAGACGCUUGGAAGGCGUUCCACAGCUACUGAUUCUGUUGAGUGGUGGAAGGUCCGUUGACAAUGUUGACACGCCAGCCUCUGCUCUGAAGGAGCUUGGGGUUUUGGUCUUUGGAAUUGGAACAAGGAGCUCUGAUAGCAGAGAAUUGCAGAGGAUAUCACAUGAUCCCAGUUACGCUCUGUCUGUCUCAGACUUUACUGACCUUCCGAGCAUCCAGCAGCAACUUCUGUCCUCGGUGGAGGCAGUGGUUAUUGAUGUUACUCCAGAAUCACCAACAGUUUUAGUUGAUCAUGACACCGCCAGAAAGGAUGUGGUAUUCCUUCUGGAUGGUUCUGAUGGCACAAGGAAUGGAUUCCCAGCAAUGCUUGAUUUUGUUCAGAGAGUAGUAGAGAAACUCAAUGUGGGAGGAGACAAAGACCGCGUUUCUGUGGUCCAGUACGGUAGAGAUCAAGAAGUUAAUUUCUAUCUGAACACAUACACCACGAAGGGCGACAUUCUUGACAUCGUCAGAGGUCUGAGGCACAGAGGAGGUAGACCCCUCAACACUGGGGCAGCCCUCCAGUAUGUAAGGGACAACGUUUUUACUGCCUCCUCAGGAAGCAGAAGCCAAGAGGGUGUCCCUCAGAUGCUGAUACUGCUGAGUGGCGGGAGGUCCAAUGAUAAUGUUGAUAUACCAGUUUCUGCCCUCAAAGAGAGUGGGGUCUUGAUCUUUGGCAUUGGAAACAGAAAUUCUAGCAAAGAGGUUCAAAGGAUUGCCUCUGAUCCCAGUUAUUCCCAGUCUGUUUCUGAAUUCUCUGAUCUCCCCAGCGUCCAGGAUAAGUUUUUCUCCUCACUCAUUACUGUACACGUUGGUGCCACACCCAUUUCCCCAACAGUCAUAGUGGACCUAAGCAUCGCCAGAAAGGAUGUAGUAUUCUUGCUGGAUGGUUCUGAUGGCACUAGGAAUGGCUUCCCAGAAAUGCGUGACUUUGUUCAAAGAGUAGUGGAGAAACUCACUGUAGGGGAGAACAGAGAUCGAGUCUCUGUGGUACAGUAUAGCAGAGAACCAGAGGUCCACUUCUAUCUGAACACUUACACAAGAAAAGAAGAGGUUGUUGACACCGUAAGAGGGCUGAAGCACAAAGGAGGGAGACCCCUCAACACUGGAGCAGCUCUCCAGUAUGUCAGGGACUACGUCUUUACUGCCUCCUCUGGAAGUAGGCGCCUUGAAAGUGUUCCACAGAUGCUGAUACUGCUAAAUGGUGGAAGGUCCUUUGACAAUGUAGAUAAACCAGCUUCUGCUCUCAAGGAGCUUGGUGUCUUGGUAUUUGUAAUUGGAACAAGGAGCUCUGAUAGCAGAGAGUUACAGAAGAUAUCCUAUGACCCCAGUUAUGCUCUCUCCGUGUCUGAAUUCACUGACCUCUCCAACAUCCAACAGCAGCUUCUUUCUGCCAUGAACACUGCCGUUAUACAGGACACAACCAUGACACCAACACUAAUACCAACAAUACUAGUUGAGAGUCAGGCUCCCAGGAGGGAUGUUGUGUUCUUGCUGGAUGGAUCUGAUGGCACUAGGAGUGGAUUCCCAGCCAUGCGUGACUUUGUUCAAAGAGUGGUGGAGACACUCAGUGUGGAUGAGAACAAAGAUCGCGUUGCGGUGGUCCAGUACAGUAGAGAUCCAGCCGCCCAAUUCUAUCUGAACACAUACACAACAAAGGGAGAGAUUCUCAACACUGUAAGAGGUCUGAGACACAAAGGCGGGAGACCUCUCAACACUGGAGCAGCUCUCCAGUACGUGAGGGACAAUGUCUUUACUGCCUCCUCCGGAAGCAGACGCUUGGAAGGCGUUCCACAGCUACUGAUUCUGUUGAGUGGUGGAAGGUCCGUUGACAAUGUUGACACGCCAGCCUCUGCUCUGAAGGAGCUUGGGGUUUUGGUCUUUGGAAUUGGAACAAGGAGCUCUGAUAGCAGAGAAUUGCAGAGGAUAUCACAUGAUCCCAGUUACGCUCUGUCUGUCUCAGACUUUACUGACCUUCCGAGCAUCCAGCAGCAACUUCUGUCCUCGGUGGAGGCAGUGGUUAUUGAUGUUACUCCAGAAUCACCAACAGUUUUAGUUGAUCAUGACACCGCCAGAAAGGAUGUGGUAUUCCUUCUGGAUGGUUCUGAUGGCACAAGGAAUGGAUUCCCAGCAAUGCGUGAUUUUGUUCAGAGAGUAGUAGAGAAACUCAAUGUGGGAGGAGACAAAGACCGCGUUUCUGUGGUCCAGUACGGUAGAGAUCAAGAAGUUAAUUUCUAUCUGAACACAUACACCACGAAGGGUGACAUUCUUGACAUCGUCAGAGGUCUGAGGCACAGAGGAGGUAGACCCCUCAACACUGGGGCAGCCCUCCAGUAUGUAAGGGACAACGUUUUUACUGCCUCCUCAGGAAGCAGAAGCCAAGAGGGUGUCCCUCAGAUGCUGAUACUGCUGAGUGGCGGGAGGUCCAAUGAUAAUGUUGAUAUACCAGUUUCUGCCCUCAAAGAGAGUGGGGUCUUGAUCUUUGGCAUUGGAAACAGAAAUUCUAGCAAAGAGGUUCAAAGGAUUGCCUCUGAUCCCAGUUAUUCCCAGUCUGUUUCUGAAUUCUCUGAUCUCCCCAGCGUCCAGGAUAAGUUUUCUCCUCACUCAUUACUGUACACGUUGGUGCCACACCCAUUUCCCCAACAGUCAUAG